GCAUGCCAGCUGCCACAUGAACUCUCACUUGAGCAUUGGCUAUUAACUAGUCGUUGGCAAGUCGCCGAUGUGUGCACAUCAUUAUUCAGUCAUGCCAGCAUCAAUUUACUUGAUAAUUGUUGCAUUACAACUGUGUGCGGCGUUUUCUACGCUAUCUCUGGAUGGCACGUGGUCUGUUCACUCAGAUAAGCAUGAAGCAUUUAACGCUGUUGUCCCCGGUGGAAUUUACACCGAUUUGAUGCGUAAUGGUGACCUCCCCGAUAUUUUUACGGCUAUGGAGAUGUGGACUCGCGAUGGGUCGCAAACACAACAUGGAUAUACACCCACAUUUUUAAUGUGGAGGAAACCAUCUUAAAUCAUCAACACCAAACGAUUAUUUUCGAAGGUGUUGACACCUUUGCGACUGUCCACUUGAACUCGAAAUUGAUUGCCACCACCGAUAACAUGUUUGUGCGAUAUGAAGUACCAAUUGAUGGCUUAUUACAGGCAACAAGCAACGAGUUAAUCGUCACCUUUGAGUCCCCAAUUAAAAAAUCACAAGAACUUUAUUCCAAACAAGCGGAAGACUAUGUGGUGCCACCAAAAUGUGUACCAGAUAUUUAUAAUGGCGAAUGUCAUGCUAAUCAUGUAAGAAAGAUGCAAGCAUCCUUUGCUUGGGACUGGGGCCCAGCGUUUCCUUCGAUGGGAUUAUGGAAAACAGUCUAUAUCAAUGCUUAUAAUGAAACUUAUAUUAAAGAUGUAUCAUUUCAAGUUGUUGCUGACGGCGACAAAUACAAAUUUACUGUGACCGUUUACAUGGCGCCUAAUACUGCAAAACAAUUAGAUGGGGUACUUCGGAUUACACUCGGAAAUAAUCACGCUGUUGAUUUGUGGAAUUUUGAGGUCCAAGGUGUUGCAACAGUUGGAAACGAGUUUAUUAUUCAAAAGGAGUUUCGUCAACUAAAGAGUAAAUAUGACCUUUGGUGGCCUAAUGGUUACGGUAGUCAAGUGUUGUACCCGUUAACAGUAUCAAUGGUUCCCGAAGAUGUAAACGGUGCAAUAGUAUCGAAAUCUGUUAACGUUGGUAUCCGAGAAGUGGAACUUGUUCAAAAACCAGUUGGAAAUGGAUUAUCUUUCUACUUCAAAAUCAAUGGAAUGGCAAUAUUUGCGAAAGGAUCCAAUAUGAUUCCAAGUCACAUCCUUCCUGAACACUCCAAUAACAAAACCCUAAUCCGCAAAAUACUACAAAGUGCAAAGGAUGUACACAUGAAUAUGAUCCGGGUAUGGGGAGGCGGUUUAUACGAAUCAGACUUAUUAUAUGAACUUGCUGACGAGAUGGGUAUCAUGAUCUGGCAGGAUUUCAUGUUUGCUUGUUCAAUGUACCCAGUUAAUCAAGAAUUUUUAAACACGGUGGAAAAAGAAGUAGAACAUCAAGUGAGACGUUUACAAUACCAUUCGAGCAUUGUACUCUGGGCGGGAAACAACGAAAACGAAGCUGCUCUUACUGGAAACUGGUAUGGUACAAUAAUUAAUCGAACCCGCUACGACGCAGACUAUCGGCAACUGUAUGGAAAAACAAUCCGUGACGUAGUUCUGAGGAAUGAUCCGUCACGAAAGUAUUUAUCAUCUAGUCCCACAAAUGGUGUUAAAAGUGAAGAGAAUGAUUAUAUUUCUCCCAAUCCAGGCGACAACAAUUAUGGUGACGUGCAUUAUUACAAUUAUAUUUUUGAUAGCUGGGACAUUAAUAUCUACCCAGUACCUCGUUUUGCUUCGGAGUAUGGUUAUCAAGCUCUUCCGAGUUAUAGCUCAAUGCAAAGUGUGACAAACAGUUCCAACGAUUUGUUUAUCAAUAGUAAAUUCAUGAAUCAUCGACAGCAUCACCCAAUGGGCAAUAUUGAAAUGGAAUUUUUGAUUAAGAGUCGACUGGAUAUGAGACCAAAGGUUAACAUCGAAAGUUACAAUAAGGCGUUCUUUUUUUACACGCAGAUUAUUCAAGCAAUGGCUGUAAAAAUUGAGACGGAACAUUAUCGCCAAUGGCAAAGUUACUUAGAUUCAGCAGGACAUGGAAUGACAAUGGGUGCGUUGUAUUGGCAAUUGAAUUGUCCCUGGCUAGCACCAACUUGGUCUGGAAUAGAAUCAACUGGUAAAUGGAAAAUGCUUCAUUACUACGCGAAAGACUUCUUUGCGCCAAUCAUAGUUACUUCUCACCAGUAUCCUACUCAAAUGGUUGAUGUGACCGUUGUAUCUGAUCAACCUACACCUAUUUUUAACGCAACUUUAAAGAUUGCCAUCUUUAAUUGGAAUUCAUUUCUAGCAGUGAAUGAAAAAGUUCGACAAAUUGAUAUUAGGAUGGGUUCCCAACGCCUUACGAAAAUCAACAUGAAAUACUUCUUAACGCGUAAUGCUGAAUGCGCUUCUGAUUACACUGAUUGUUUUGUUCGACUUACGUUGUCAAACACCACGUCGAUGAUUGCGCCAGAAAACUUUAUCUACCCUGUGGCGCUUAAAAAUGCACCUAUUCCAUUUGCAAAUGUACAGAUUGAACACGUGGAGCAAAUAACAUCCACGAAGAUAUUGGUAAGUGUUACAAGUGAUCUACCAGCGGUAUUCGUAUGGUUGGAAUCUACUCUUGCUGGAGUUUUCUCUGAGAAUGGGUUUACAAUGCUGCAACAACGAAAGGACAUAGUGUUUGAAUUGGAAAAUUAUUCUCCUUUAGAUGACGUUGUAAAGAGCUUACAUGUCACGCAUCUUAGAGAUAAAGCAUAUUUUCCUUCUAGUACUUUAAUAUAGUGUUGUGUUUUUAAUAUUAUUUUAAUAAUAUUUUAAUGUUUUUAAUAUUGUGUAAUUAAUGCAAUAUGUUGGACAAUAAACUAAACAUUUUGUAACUUUAA